UUCUUUCUUUGAUGCCUCCAAACAAGCUAAUCAUUCUUUAGCUUGGAAGGGAAUUCUAGAUUCAAGAGAUCUUUUCCUGAAAGGCAUGAGAUGGAUGGUUGGUAAUGGCAAGGAUAUCAAAUUCUGGACCUUUAACUGGAUUUGGAAGGCUCAAAACAAUGUUAUUUUCAGGUCUGCUGAAUUUUCUCUUAUCUUUGUUGUGCACGCCUCUGCCUCUUUUAGUGCUGCAUACACAGAGCACAAUGAUCAGAGUUCUUCUCCUCCUAGAAGCAUUUCGGAAGCCAUUAAAUGGCACCCUCCACCACAAAGUUUCUCAAAAGCUCAACUUUGAUGGCUCUGUUUCUUCCACUGGUCUGGCUUCUUCUGGGUUUGUUAUUAGAAACCAUAUGGUGACCCCAUUAUUGUUGGUUCCCGGUGUAUCAGAAAUGCCUCCAUUGUUGUGGCUGAGUACACCGCUCUCAAGGAUGGCAUUUUGGCUGCUAUGCGCUUCAACCAUAUAUACUCGUCUGCUUGUUGAAGGCGACUUGGCUAUUGUCAUUAAGUGUAUUCUCCCCCGUUCUUAGUCUCCGUGGAUUAUAAGGUCGCUUGUUCGAGACAUCCACUCCCCGGCAAGGUCUUUUGAUAGCAUCUCCUUUUCUCAUGUUUUCCGGGAAGCAAACUUCCUUGCUGAAGCUAUUGCUGCUGCAAGCUACAACUCUUCAUCUCCUAAAAUGUGGCUUAACAGUCUGCCUUCUGCUACCAUCUUGGCUUUUAAUUGGGAUUAGUUUAGCCUUGGUUGCCCUAGGGGCUU